CAUUUUCCUUAUCCUUAAUUCCUGCUCGUCAUUGGCAAUGCACUAACAUGCAGUCCAUAAAAAAAAAAAAAAAACGAAUCGUGUUUCAGGUUUUUUUGACAAUAAUAUAACCUAAAUAAUAAUCUAUAAAUUGUUUGUACAAAAUAAUAUCUUAAUCACCGACUUUAUUUAUAAAUUAAGUCGAUUUAAAUAAAUUUAAACAUGAGUGAUCAUAUCAUUAAAGUUGGUGAAUAUAUUGUUAUACAAAAACAAAACUACAAAAAGCUACAUAAAUUUAAUAAACCAAAUUCAACUGUAAAUAUAGGAAAAGACACGAUAAAUUUGAGUGGAAUAGAAGGGUCGCAAUAUUUUUCUAUUUUUAAAAUGAUAGCAACCGGUACAAAAAGAAAUAAAGAAUAUCAUUUAGAGCUAUCAAAAGAAACUGCUAACCUCAUCGAAGAAAUUGGUUUAAAAACCUCUGGUACCGACAACAGAAAUAUUUACGACGAUGGAAGAUCUCAAAAACUAUCUGCAAAUGAAAUUAGUGAACUUAAAAGUGAUUCUACCAGCGCCUCUGAAAUUGUGGAAACUUUAAUAACAAAUUCAAAUACAUUUCAUAAUAAAACCGAAUUCUCACAAGCAAAAUAUUUAAAAAAGAAAGAAAAAAAAUAUUUUGAAUAUAUUCAAAUCUUAAAACCGAAUCUUCGUAAUAUCACAGAAAUAUUGUACAAACUGGACCCAAGCAAGGUACAAGGUGUUCGAAUAGAUACUUUGUCCCAAAUUAUAGCAUUUUCUAACAUUAGUAGUGAAGGUAAUCAUUUGCUUUAUGAUUCAGGUUCUAAUGGUCUCAUAGCUGCUGCUUUAUUAAGCGCAAUGGGACCACAAUGCAAUGGAAAAUUAGUUCAUAUGCAUCCUGGAAAUAUGUCUCAGAAACAGGCAUUGCUAGCUAUGAAUUUUAGUCCAGAUCAAUAUAAUAAAUGUAUAUCAGUCAAUGUAUACUCAGCCUUGCGACAAGUUCAUCAAGGUUGCGAUACUAAUACAUCAGAAACAGUAGGAGGUAUAACUAACUUGAAAAGAAAACGAGAAGAAAAUAUUGAACAUGAGAUUAAAAAACCUAAGCUUGAGGACUCAACGUUGGUCACCGAAUCAAAUGAAACCAAUGAAGCUUCAGAAAUUGCUCCGAAAAAACCAAAAUGGCAUUUUGAUAAUAUAGCCGCAUCAGAGGUGUUAUCCAAAAAAGUUGACUCGUUAGUAGUAACAUGUAAAGAAGAUCCCCAAAAUAUAUUUUUGGAACUUAUGACAUUUGUAAAACCUGGCAGACCAUUUGUUAUUUAUUAUAGUGUAGCUGAACCACUGCAAAACUUAUAUAUGACACUCAAAUCUUUAAGCAAUGUUGCUGCUUUAAAAUUAACAAAUAACUGGAUGAGAAAUUAUCAGAUUUUACCUGAGAGAACACAUCCAGAAGUUAUGAUGAAUGGGUCAAGUGGGUUUCUUUUAACUGGAUAUAUACUUAAAUAGUAAAGUUAGAUUUUUCCACUAUUUCACCUGCCAACCCGCAGCAGUAGAGGAACGUGGUGGAUUAGGCUCCUACUAUUCUCCUACAUGGUGAAACAGGCCUAUGCCCGCAGAGGAAUGUUACGGGCUGAAUCAAUCAAAAUUAAGAUUUAGUUGAUCAUAAAAAUUAAAUGUUAAACAAUGUAACAAGCUGUUUUUUAUUUUUAAAUGUAAUAAAAAUGAUAAAUUAUAUCAAAAUGCCUAUUUAUAAGAUCUCUUGCGAGUUUUCUAUUACUAAAAAAGUUUAUAGCUAAGCUAAAUAACAAUUUUAUCUAAUAUGUAAAAUAUUUGAGAAAAAUUGUUUAUUUUUUUCUUUUAAUGCAACUACGAGAAGAAAAUGUUAUUUUCGCAACAAUAAAUAUUAUUACGAUAAAUCAAGAUAUGAUUUAGACUAAAAAAUUGGUUACAAAUUUAAAAUAUUCACACCAGCAGAAUUAAAUGUUCUUUAUUAGAACAAUAUCAUUUUUUCAUUGAUAGCAUCACACUUUCAAUAUAAAUAAGGUAAUAAAGAAAAUGGCUCGUGGAUAUGAAAAGAAAAAAAAACACUUUUUUAAUAAAUAAUUUAUUUUAUAAGCAAAUAAAUUUUUCAAUUGCUUUUUAUACAGGAUAAAAUAAGGCAAUGUUUUUACAAUUCAAAUCAUAUGAGAAGCAUUUGGGCAUACAUUUAUGGAGGAUGAAAGUUAUUUCACAAGUUAAUAUAACACAAAAGAAACCAUUCAUUAUUCAUUUAAAUAGCAAAAAAGUUAAGGAAUGUGUAUCAGUCUGAUUUUUUAAUAGUCUAAUGCAUUAGGAUUUUUUCAUAAAAUUAAUAUAAAUAAAAAUUAAUUCAAACUGU